CCACUGAUGGCCGUUUCUCUGUUCCCAUCCAGGCGUGGGGAUGGCAUGACCCUGGUUUGGCAUCGAGGGGCUUUGGGACCCCACCAGGACCUUCCACCAGCCCCAGCGAGGUGAGCACGGCCCCGCCGAGCGCACGGCUCCCUCCUGACCCCGGCCCGAUUCCAGCUGGGGUUGUAAUUACAGGUGCCGUGUUCCUAAUUGGCGCGUAGGAAGCGAUAGCAUCGCCCUCCCUCCCAGUGGGGACGAGCUCUUUGCGCCGUUGGAGCAGCGCUGGGAUUUAUUUUAAGGCCUGAGGUGACCAGAAAACAGCCUGGGGGGACUUGGUGGCGGAGCUGAGGCAGAGAGGAAGCUCCUGGGCUGAGGAGGGGGGGACUCCCAGCCCUGAAGAUGGAGCCCCCCGCCACCACCUUCAUCCGAGGGGUGGGGGACGAGGUGACGGUGGUGGCCGGCGUGGUGGUGCUGGUCCUGGCUCUGGUCCUGGCGUGGUUGUCCACCUACGUGGCUGACAGCAGCAACCAGCUUUUGGGAACCAUCGUGGCGGCGGGGGACACGGCCGUCAUCCGGCUGGGCCACGUGGGGACGGCGGGGGCGGCCGAAGCCCCGGAGCCCCCCGGGGUCCCCGAAAACACAGAGGAGAAAACAGACGAGGAAGGGGGGGCAGCAUCGGGGCUGGCGGCGGAGCAAGGGGAUGCUGGUGGCCCCCCCGACCCCGGGCUGGAGCGACUGCUGGACAUCCAGAGCUUGCCCAAACAGACCUCGGCCACUGAGCCCGGCCCCCCGGGCAACCAGGGGGGGACACCCAGCCCCGGGGGGGGCGACCUGUGCUCCGGCCUCAUCAAGAUCCGGCUCAAAUUCCUCAACGAGACGGAGGAGGUGGCCGUGGUGCGGCCCGAGGACACCGUGGGGGGGCUCAAGAGCAAAUAUUUUCCAGGCCAGGAGAACCAGAUGAAGUUCAUCUACCGCGGGCAGCUGCUGCAGGACCAGGGCCGGACGCUGCGCUCCCUCCACAUCACCGACAACUGCGUCAUCCACUGCCACCGCUCCCGUUGUGCCACCACCACCACCACCACCGCUGCCACCACCACCACCGUCCUGCCCGACCCCGUCACGGCCGCCCCCGAAGCCAGCGGCCUCCCCCUGGGUGCGGGGACCCUGCUGCUCCCCGCCGUCAUGGUGGUGCUGGGGGUCGUCUGGUAUUUCCACAUCAACUACCGGCAGCUCUUCACCGCCCCGGCCACCGUCUCCUUGAUCGCUGUCACCGUCCUCUUCAGCUUCCUGGCCUUCGGGGUGUACGGACAGUAGGGACACACCCCCCCCCCGGGAGGUGACACGGCCACCUUCGUGUCCCCCCCACACUGUGGGAGUUGUGGCACUCAGGGGGGUGCUGGAUUUCUUCACCGCAACGUUACGGUGGGAGCUUGGCACCUCCUUCC